AUUUUACAUAUAACUUUCAUCGCUUGUGUAUCAAUAACUACAUCGGAAAAUCAUCAUCUGCUUAGACUAUUGCCCAACUAUGUUGGGGUCGGCGUCCAGUCUAACCGGAUGCAGAGUUCCAGUAUUUCACCAGUGUCGCACGUACUUAUAAAGAGACACGUAGACUUUCGAGAACGAUUCUUAGAAAGGCAAAGACAGAGACAAAUCAAAGACAGAAAACUAGUGCUAGAAAAAGAUGCUGUUGUCAAAGAUAUUGAAGUUUUAGACGAUAUUACACAUAAUAGAAAAACAGGAGACAUGACGACUGAUAAAUGGAUAAAAGUUCUGUCUAUAGAAGAUGAUUUUCGUCACCUUCUUGCUAUGAGUGAUAUGAAGUACACAUAUAAAAGAGAUAUGCAUUGGCGUACGUGGAGGAAUAUAGCUAAUGGAAGCAAAAAUAAGAUUGUUUGUUAUAAGUGUAAUAAUCUGCAAGUCAAUGGUACCGGAUGCCUGAAUUGUGGGAUGUGGACCAUAGAGGAGAGACCGCCUCCCUGUCCCUACGAGUUCUACUCCGUAGUCUCUGAUACAGACCUCUGUGGUGUAAACUACACUCAGUAUUCGAACAUAGACAGCGCCUGUCCUUCUGUCAUCAAGUUCUCGGAGUUGACAGCAACUUGUGACAACCCUAUAGAGACAUAUUAUAAGUUCAGUAAAAUGUAUGGCGUGACUGAUAGCAAUGAGAACAUUAUUUGUAACGGGAAGGAUUAUUGCGAGAUUUCGACUAUUUAUGAGAUUACACCACAACACGUAAUAUUCCGUAUAAUAAACUCCACAAACGACGUUAUUUACUCAAGAAUUAUGAAACCAAACAACAACAACUAUAUCUGUAUUGACGACUGCGGCAGAUUUAACCCCAACACUAAAAAAGUGGCAAGAAGCGAUAAACCUCUAAAACUAGACCUCUUUUCGCUCCGAAAAUCUGACCCGGAAAUGAACGUUGGUAUACCAGUAACAGAGUCUAUUUUAUCUGUGCCGUCAGCGGAAACAGAACUGUCAGUGUCAAAAAGUGGCGGGAAUGAUGUAGAUUUAAAUGAGAACAAUAUGGAAUGGGCGGAACUAAAGUUGCAUCGGAGUGAAUCAGAGUAAAGUGAGAAAACUUCCGAUAUCUAAGGCGCGGUCGGCAGUUGGCAUUCAAAACGAACCUUUUCUCAGAUUUUAAAACAAUUCGUCACAUUUUUUAUAUAGGUAUCUUCAGAAUUUACUAGCAGUUAUUUCUGUUAGGCCUUACAUUCAUAUAAGUUUUCACCCGGAAAGCUUACGUAAUUAACUUACGAUAAAACAACGUACGUAAUUUUUAAGGAAGCUAAAUGUAAAUUAAAACGACAGCUUUUCAACUUUAAGUAAUUUAUUACGUUUUAAUAUAAGGCACAUUUAUAAUAUACAUAUUAUUUAGGUCUGUGAUAAGAUGCAAACUUAAUCUUAACAUUGUCAUAUAAUUAUAAAUAUACAUAUUUAAACUGUACUUGAAACAUGUUUUAUUUAAGUACCUAGAAUCUAGAUCAGUGGUUCUUAACCUUUUUGUCACGAGGGACCACUUUCCAAAAGUUUGGCUUGCCGGGGACCACCCCAUUGGUUUGUCUAAAUUGAGGGUUCUUUGAUAAAGAAUACAAGCACACUUUAUAAUUAGCACUCAUUUCUUUAUUAUUUAGCAAAAAACUAAAAGCUACAGAUUUUGUAAUUUAAUAAGUUUUGUGACUGCAUUCAACUUCUGAAUUCUUGGAACAGUACUACUUACAAAUGCGCGAGCGAAGCGAGCGCGAAAUUUUUUCGGACUCGGACGGAAGUAAAAUGUAUCCCAAACGUACUUAACUUUUUGUUUGUUGACAAAUGCAAAAACGAUAUAGUUGCUGAAUACGCGAGCGAAGCGAGCGGGAAAUUUUAAUUAUUUUUUAAAACUCUAAACCAAAAUUACGUACAAUGUAGCCCAAACGUACUUAACUUUUUGUUUGUUGACAAAUGUAAAAACGAGGGCAUAUAGUUUCUGUAUACGCGAGCGAAGCGAUCGGGAAAUUUUGAUUAUUAUUAAGACUCAGUACCAAAACUACGUAAAAUGUAGCCCAAACGUAUUUAACUUUUUGUUUGUUGACAAAUGCAAAAACGAGGGCAUGUAGUUUCUGAAUACGCGAGCGAAGCGAGCGAGAAAUUUUAUAAUUUUUUAAGACUCAGAUCCAAAAUUACGUAAAAGGGCUACAUUUCAAACCUUAUUUUUUUUCUGUUGGUCAAGUAAGAUGGAUAGCAACGUCGCGAAGCAAAGCUUCGCGGACCACUUGGAAUGCCUUCAGGGACCACCAGUGGUCCGCGGACCACCGGUUAAGAACCACUGAUCUAGAUAGAUAAGUUCACAGAUAUAGAUAGGUAAUUAUAAAAAUAUAUAGAGGUUUCUGUAAAACCAUAAAAGGUGUUUUGCUAUAUUACGAAAAAUAUCAAGAUGGAGAGGGCAUA